AUGUUCAACUUGGUAACACGCGUUCAGUCUGCUGCCAACCUGGCGUUGACAUCGGCCAGUAUAUUAUCCGGAAUAGUCGUUGUCUUAACCUUACUUCAAUUAUACAGAGACAACGUUUGGUCAAUUGAUACCACAACAAUUUCUGGAAUAGAGGCAAAGUCGUCCGUCAAGUAUUCAUUUCAAUACGGCUCAAUUAACAGGAAGCCGAAAGAGAAUGUCAAAAUGUCUUUUGAUUUAGAUACUGAUUUGAGCGAUCUUUGGAACUGGAACACCAAACAGGUUUUUGUCUAUCUAACAGCAGAAUAUCCAGGAAAAUCCGAAGGAAGCUCCAACAAGGUAACCUUUUGGGACAAAAUUAUACGAGACAAAAACGAUGCCAAAUUAAACUUGAAAGGUCAAAGGGGAAAGUACUCGGUCUGGGACGUGGAGAAGGGAUUUAGAGGAAGAAACGCUACUGUCAAAUUGGAGUGGAACAUUCAACCACAUAUCGGCCCCUUGAUCUAUGGCGAAACUUCAAACGUUGGGGUCUUGCAAUUCCCUCAAAAUGAGAAUAAGUAG